UAGCUCUCCGAUUUUCCUGUGAUCGGCAGAGUUUGAAGUGCCAACCUCAUCGGUUUUGUUUGUCAUAUACCCAUCUUCUAUCCAUCUCCUCCGCUGAGGGCAAUCUGAUUUUGUAGUAAAGAUAUAUACCUAUCUUAUAUUUAAUUCCCUCCACCAAUCUCGUUCGUUUCUUAGCCUGUGCAACACUAGCUCUGCGAUUUUGCUGUGAUCGGCAGAGUUGGAAGUGCCAGCCUCAUCGGUUUUGUUUGUUAUAUACCCAUCUUAUAUCCAUCUCCUCCGCCGAGGGCAAUCUGAUUUUGUAGUAAAGAUAUAUACCUAUCUUAUAUUUAAUUCCCUCCACCGAGCUCAAUUUGAUUUUGUUAAUUCAAUCAUUUCUCUGGAUCUUAUGAGACUUAAUGCCCAACCAGUCUCGGUUUUAGGACUCUCCCCUAAUCUUCGCUGCUUUGAACUUAUAUUGUGUUAGAUAUAACGUAUAAUUGGUCUGGUAUUAUUCUGCUUUUGUUGAUUGUCGUGCAUGUCUGUUCUCCAAUCAUUGAGGUUUAUAUAAAUUAGAACGUGACCGGUAUUUUAUAUGCUGUACUUCGGCCUAUUUCCUUUCAAUUCUUAUGGAGCCUGCGCAUGGGAGUAAGCUUUGUUUGUGGUUAGGUGAAUCAAAAGUUAUGGUACUACUCUUAUUGAAACCUUCUUACUUGUAUAUAGCUGAGCUUCUUUAAUGGGUCGUCCACGGAAAUAUGCAAGCUUGGAAGAGGCGACUAGAGAGAGGAAUGCGAGGAGACAUACGGCAGCGUGGCAAUGCGAGUGCUAAUGACAAUUCUGGAGAAUGCCGAGAUACUGCUGCGAGGACAAGACUUUCUGUACCUAUCGAGCAACCUUCUAGCGGCCCUUCAUUUGUGGAAUUGAGCUAUAAGGGGACGAUUGGUAUCAAUACUGAAGGAAUAAACAAUCGAGAUGGACAUCGCGUUGGAUCGACCUGUUUGCAUUCAAAUGGUAGUUCUAUCAGUCAUGUAGGUAACAAAAGAACGGGACAAGAUUGUGCAAAUGAUUGCCUGUUAUUCUCAUGGUAGUUAAAUACAAAAUAGAGAAGCAACUGAUCAUUGAUUAGUUCUCCUGUUUAGGCUCAUUCUUGUAGAGUUUAGAUUGUUAACUGGAGUUUUUUUUUUUGGGUGUAUUUUGCUGUUAAAUGCAGUGGGAUUUGAUGCUUUUUGUUAAGCGGCACACUAAAAAGCAUAAACUUAGAGCAUGGACUGGUACAUAUUUCUUUUGGUACAUCAAAUUUGUACUUAUUGAUUUUCUUGAGUUCUUGUUCAACAAAGGCAUUGGCUUUGCUGAGUAAGAAGGCAGGCUCUAUGAUGGAGUACAACUUAAAGAGAUCUGUUCUGAGCUAUGGAAAUUAUCUCUUGCCACGCUAUGCAUGGCCAGUAUCUAGUAAAAUUUAGAGGGUAUGCUGUUGGGAAAAGCCCAAGAUCAAAUCAAGCAAAACUUUGGAAUUUCAAGGAGAGAAGAUUGAUAUCUGUAGUCAGUCAAUGUAAGCUCAAGGCUCUUAGACAUUCUUAUUUAGAUCAAUUAGCCAUAAGGAGGCUUGGAAGAGCUCACACUGUUAGGACACUAAGUACUCUGAAGGGAUAUGAACAUGGUGAUCCAAGCGUCUUGAGUGAAAGUUUAAACUCCUAUGUACUUGAUGGUAAAGAGAAUGUUACUGAUAGUGACAAGACUGUACCUAAGGUCUUGAUUCCUGGUUUGCCUGAUGAAAACAAGGGUGAUUCUGUUGCUUCAAUUACCAGUUGUUCCUGGGAAUGGAAGCCCAAACUUAAUGUUCACUACAAAACAGCAGGAUCCAUGAAUGUUGAUUUUCCCCCGGUUCUCUUUCUUCCUGGUUUUGGAGUUGGUUCCUUUCAUUAUGAAAAACAAUUGAAGGAUCUGGGUCGAGACUUUAGAGCAUGGGCAGUCGAUUUUCUUGGGCAGGGCUUGUCAUUACCACGUGAAGAUCCAACUAGACAGACAAAGAAUGGUGACAACCUGAAAUCAGGUGUGGAGAACUUCUUGUGGGGUUUUGGAGAUGAGACUGAACCUUGGGCAAAAGAGCUUGUUUAUUCUUCUGAUUUAUGGAGGGACCAAGUCCGUUACUUCAUUGAAGAGGUGAUUGGAGAACCUGUUUAUAUUGUUGGGAAUUCACUCGGAGGAUAUAUCGCGGUCUACUUUGCAGCAUGCUAUCCCGAAUUGGUGAAAGGUGUAACUUUGCUUAAUGCUACUCCUUUUUGGGGAUUUCUUCCUAACCCUAUGAAAUCUCCUAGAUGGUCAAGCAUGUUUCCUUGGGCUGGCACAUUCCCUAUUCCUGCCACAAUUAAAAGUCUUACGGAAAUUGUGUGGCAGAAAAUUAGUGAUCCUGAAAGUAUUGCAGAGAUACUUAAGCAAGUAUAUGCAGAUCACUCGACAAAAGUUGAUAAGGUGUUCUCCAGUAUACUGGAGAUAACAAAGCAUCCAGCGGCUGCUGCAUCAUUUGCUUCUAUUAUGUUUGCUCCUCAAGCACAGUUAACGUUCAAGGACUCUUUAUCUAGGUGUCAAAUGAACAACGUACCUGUCUGUCUCAUGUAUGGCAAAGAAGAUCCUUGGGUAAAGCCGAUCUGGGGUUUACAAGUGAAACGCCAACUGCCAGAAGCUCCAUAUUAUGAGAUUAGCCCUGCUGGUCACUGCCCUCAUGAUGAAGUUCCAGAGGUGGUGAAUUUCUUAUUGCGUUGGUGGAUCAGAAAUGUAGAAUCCCAGGGUUCAGCAGCACUGCCUCUGUUUGAUAGCGCUGAAAAUUUUCAGAAUGACUUUGCCAAAGACCUGGAAUUUGUUAGAGAAGGUUCAAGAAAAUUAGCUAGGGUACAGAUCUAUGGAUCCGAAUCAUCUUUCUGGAAAAGGAUGAUCUCUUUAAUCAAAUCUCAGUUUGACACUUCAAGAAAGUGACUUAACAAAAGAUUAUCGUCUGUGUAAAUGGUGAUACACAACCUGACGCAUUUCAUACUUUUUCUUUUUUUCAACUAGUCCAUGUAUAGAUAAGGUAGCUUGUAUUUGUGUGUUUUCUUGAACAGUAUAUUGUACAAGGAACAAGUAAUAGAAGGUUAAAGUGCCCUGAGCUGCUUGGUUUCAGUUGUUCUCUCAGAACAGCUACCAUCUGAGUUUGUAAUUUAGAAUUAGGGCUAGCUAAUUAUAUUUUCAGCAAAGAGUAACGUGAUAGAUCCAUGUCUUUUCAGAAAUUAGGCUUCUGAUAAUUUUGUUAAAUUGCUAAUUAUAAUCUAGGCAACUUUAUCAGCUUGAUCAUUUCAGAUUGAAUUAUUGAGAGGGACUUUAAGCUUUCCCUGGGCA